ACCAGCAUAAAAACCUUGCUAGAUGUGCAAAUGUUGGUUUGCAGCCAAUGUGAACAUAGGAAACUGCCUUAUAUCAGGUCAAGGCAUUGGGCCACCCAGAUGAAGAUUGGCUCCUCUAUAGGGGUGGAAUGAUCUGUCAAUUUCAGUUCUCUUAAUUUCUCAUUUUUAUGAAUGUUGAAUUCAGUUCUCCACAUUUCUGCAGCAAUUUUUUUUAAAAAAGACUUCAUGUAAAUUCUCCAGGACGUUAGUGCAGAUUUCUCCUGAUCAACACAUUUUUGCAUGCUGCUUUGAUUAAUGUACAGUACACAGUUUUGCAAGCAAUUUCUCCUCCUAAUAGAUUGCAUUCUUGUGUGUUACUCUCCACCACAGUAUAUACAUUUGUAUACAUACUGUCCCCUAAUAAUAUGCCUGUUUGUAAGCAUUGUUUGGUUGGAAGAACUGCGUUGCAAAAUUUGGAUGGGUGUGGAUUUUGAAAGGUGGCUGGCUGUGUUUCAGUUCUCUGGUUGUUUUUGUAAGGCGUGAGUUUCAUAGACCUGCCUUUAAAAGUGAACUGAAUCGAAUUUCUCCCCUAUCCCCGCUCCUCUGUGAUUUCCCAAGGUCAGGCAGAAAACAUCUUCCCCAUCAGCUGCUACCUGAUUCUUUUAACUGGAGAAACCAGGGACUGAAUCUUGAACUUUCUGCACCCAAAGCAGACAUGCGCUCUACCACUACAUCAUGAUCCCGCCCUGAAUCUGAGAACUUCCUAGUGCAAAACUGUGCGUUUCCUGCAUGCCUGCUUCAAAAAGUGGAGGUGCAAAAGCACUCUUCUGCCACUUCCAACGGGGCGGUUUUGGUGGGUGAUGUUGCCCUGUGUGCCCACUCACAUCCAUCCCAUACAUUUAAAGCACACUUCUACAGUCAUGGUUCCCCAAAAAAAUAUCCUGGGAACUUUGCAAAAGGUGCUAACCUCACAGAUCUACCAUUUCCAACACGCUUAACAAACAACAGUUCCCAGGAUUCCUCAUGGCUGCUAACGUGAUAUAGGUAAUAGUGCUUUAACUGUAGGCUGUGAACAUGUCCCAUGCCACCCAGGGACUGCAUUAUGAUUUCCUGUCAGACUCAACUACAGUACUUUAAAUGGCAAUUUGGCCACCAGUAGCAUAAGCUCAGGUGACACAGCCCAUUUUUGUGGUGCACAAUAAGCCACUACCUCUUGUCUGCGUUGCACUUCUUGUUAAGUGCCGAGCAUUAAACCCAAUCUUGGGAAGGCUACCCUUUUAAGACCACCCUUAAAAGAGGAAGUGAAAAUCACAGCUGAACAUCCACAUACGCAGCACAGCUGUCCUGCAGAGCAGCAGAGUCUCCCACACACUGCAGCAGCACUGCCUGCAACAGGAGUUAUGGAUUCUGUUUCCUUCCACCAGUACAUCUGCGAUCUGGAUCUUUGCUCCUUGCCUAGAGUGGUGAAGAUCUGCUCUGGAGUCUACUUCCAAGGAUCUGUUUAUGAAGUCUCUGGCAAUGAAUGCUGCUUAUCAACAGGAGAUCUGAUGAAAAUUAUUGAUAUUCAGCUGCAGAACAUCUCCUGCAAGAAUGUGGAGAAUGGGCACAUAUAUGAGCUGCCGCUGGAUUUUAAAGGUCUUUUUCAGCCCAGUUCAGAACUGCCGCGUGGAGCACAGAGGAAAUCUUUCUCUCGGGGCUCUCCCUUCCCCAAGGACAAGUUUUUGGACUGCCAACAGCCACAGCGCUACACGAUCCAGGAGGUCCUGCGGUCAGCAGUUAUGCGGCAGAAGAGGCUAACCUGCCCGGAAAUUGGCAAGAGUGAGGUCCAGCUCUACCCAACGUAUAAAGUGAAAGCAAUAAUGCAUUUUCGAAAUGACGUUGUGCAGAUCAACUCUACCCUGGAUGUAGAGGUGGUCGACGUCACCAAGGAGUCCCAGCACAUCCACUUUAUUAAGCCGCUGAUGCUCAGCGAGGUCCUGGCAAUGGAGAAAGCGCUGCCAGUGGAGGCCGAGAUCCUCGAGGCCCCAGAGAGCCUGCCGGUCUUCCAGAGUGACUGGUUCUCCCACCUACAGAAGGGCUGCCAGAUUCACAUCCACAGCAAGUCCUCGGCAUGGAGGGUCCUGGCCUCUUCUCGCAAAGGCAAGACCCGGACCUGCUACUUCCUCCUCUCCAGCAGCUACGAAGGCCGCUUUCGCCGAUGCCCACGCAGAUUUAGCUGCACUUCGGAGCUGGCCCUCAGUUUAGCCACAGGCAAGAAACUGCAGGUCGUCGUCACCAAGGACUGUGAGAGCAGCGAAGGGGAAUUUCCUUUGUUCAGUGUAGGAGACCGGCUAGAGGUGCUGUGGGUCGCGAGAGCCAGCAACCCUUCAGCCAUGGACAUGCUUGUGUGCUGCAGGGACAAUGGAGAUGAGGACAGAGAGCAAAUCCAUCUGCCCCUGUUCUUGGAAGCUGGCUUCGUAGAGGAUGUCCGUGACAGCAGGAAAUAUACCAUCUCUGAGGCAGUGGAGCACCUGCAGCUGCCCUGUGAGGUCAAGGUGCUUAGUACUGACUGUGCCUCAGAUCCUCUAGGCUGCUCCUCUGUCCUGACCCUGGAGACCAGGAUCGACUUGCAAUUUCUCACUAUCAGCCUGGCUAAGGAGCCAGCUCUCACCUUUGACAUUCCUCCACAGUGGUUGGACAUGUCUCUCUUCUUCACUGGAGGGCCAGCGAAGGCCACUCCUCCCACUUCCAGUCCCGCGGUGGAAGAGUUGACAGAGGCCUUUUAUUAUCAUUUGCUAAAGAUACUGCCCAGCAAUGCAUCAGCACCUCCGAGACCUCCAAAGCGAAAGGACUCCAAGUGCAACAUGGACCUCAGAAAGGCCAAAGGAGGAGAGAAGAAUGCAGCAGAAACAUCCAAGUUACCUUCUGGCAAGUCAAGCAGCACAUCGAGAGAGCCUGCAAAACUUCACUUCUCUGGACCUAAGCAAACAGGCGCAAGUGGGAGUGUUCUGAACAAUCUUAAUGAGUACACCAUGGAAUGCGAAUGUCAAAGAUUCCAGGAGUGUUCUAAACCCGGGAAACAAACCACAGGCACAGCUUUCAGUGAUGAUUCGGAUCAUGACUAUGAAGAAAUUAACAAUGAGGUUUAUGGAAUGACUUCCAAACUGCGAAGAACUGUUAUUAAACAUUGAGAUACCUGUCUACAAAGCCACAAUCCUAGGCUACAUCUUUCCUUCCCUACUUCCAUGGUCAGAGCCCUGUUCAGGAAUGAGGAGAAUUCUGUAUUUUUAAGCAAACAGAUCUACUUUGCACUUCCUGGACUAAUACACCAAUCAGAAUGUCACACUGCACUUUGCUGAAUUUAUGCACCCUGAGCUCCAAUGCGUACUUAAAUAUACACGUUCUUAAAAAUUCAGAGGCUGAUGCAGAAAUGGGUUAAGAAUGGACUUGCGAAAGAACACUUCUGAAAUUACACCAGAAACAGAUUUGUCCAUCCCUAGGCCAGUAUAACAAGCUGCUGGUUCUUUUCCCAUUAUUUUUGCCCAGCAGCAGCAGCCUUGCUUUUGAACCCAGGGCCAGGAGAGACUGUGUACGACUGUAAUUAGCACUUCUAAGCCCCAAACUGGCAGGCCAUGACAACUAUCUCCACCCUGAAGAAAGCACAACGUAUGAAAUGUGGUCUUUAGAGCCUUGCAUGUGCCCUUAUGCUUUAUGGUGGAGCCUGACCUAAAGGAAGUCGGGUUCCAAAAGUCACCAGCGCUGCAAGGAAUCAACAUUACCAAACACCCCCCCCCCCCCCCGCAGGGUGAAGAAACUGCAAUCUCAUUUCAGGAGACUUAGCUUUGGCAACAAAGAGGGUUUUUAAGAGUACAAUACUGCUGCCUGUCCCCACCCUUACAGUAAAACGAGGUUCUGAAGUUAGGCUAGAAGCAACCAUGCCAAACACAAUGCAGUACAUAGAAACUAUAAGGGGUCCCUCCUAUCUGCGCUGCCAGACUCCCUUGGAGAUGACAUAUUUCUGGGGCCUAAGAGCUACCAUUAAAAAAAAGUGCUGAAGCAUAAAAUGAUAUGGGUCUGCAAUUCAAAUGAAGCUGGGUUUUUUAUCAUUUUGUUUUAACAAGAUGUACUGGUACCAGUUACACAAAUAUGUUGCGGGUUUCAAUGUAAGACUUCUGCCUAUUUCAAAACUGCACAGUUGCAUUUGCUAGUGUAUUGACAACGGUCUAUUUUUUAGCAUAACUAAAAUGCAAGUGGUGGUUAAAUUUUGAGGGUUGGGUGACUUUUAAAAAAAAUGUCACUGAACUACUUUUUAUGCCACACUAAAAAAAAGGCCUAGCUUUAAGGCCUUAUCAGUACUGCAGUAAAAUAUGGAUUGCAGAGUCCCCCAGAAAGAAAAGGUCCCC